AUGGAUGGUCAAGCUCCCAAGAAAAGCACCCCGCCCCUCCAGUCUCUGCCAGAAAAGAUCCUGUCAAGCGUCUGCAGUUACCUACCGCAAGGGGCUCUCUACCAACUGACACUCGUCAACAAACACGUCAAUCAGUUCGUAGUACCGGUCUUGUACAGUUUCUUCUGCCAAAAUGGAGGCGACAGCAUGCAAGUUCGACAGUACUUCAGGACCGCGGUACGAGAGCCUGAAUUAGCUAAGCAUCUCCGCGAGGUUACUAUCCAGGGUUCCAUCAGGAUAAUUCACAAGCAAGUACGGAAAUGUCUCCGGAAAUUAGACAAAGAGAGCUGGGUUCAUCGACUUCAUGAACAUCAUCUCAAUCUCGCUUACGAUUAUUUUUCGUAUGGACCAGACUUGGUUAUUGCUCUGUUACUGAGUUUGGAACCUAAGAUAUACUCUAUUCGUGCUCUGCAUCCUCCGAACCCCAGGAAGAAAGGGCACAUAUUCCGGCUCCCUAUCUACCUCGAACCCAUCCGGGGCAUUCUGGCAGGACGCUCUGCACUGCCGCAAUGGACCAAUGGGAUAUUAACCGACUUCACCGCUCUGACCGAGCUUGAGGUGCACUACUCUCAUGUCGCGGACAACCUCCUUCCGCCAAACCUCUGCCGGCUCAUCGUACGCGCAACCACUCGUGACAAAGUAUGUAUCAUGAAAGACAUGGAAAUACUAGCACAAGAGUUCAGCAAGCGAUCAAACCUCAGCGUGACACUGAAGUAUCGGCACUACAAGAAGCCAGACCACAAGUGUCCAAAACUGCGCAAACUGCCAUCCAUGUUCGCCAAGUCAGGUCUCAACCUGUCGCUUUACGUGUAUCCUGUUGUCGGCUCAACAUGGCACUUGAUCUCGAGGUUCGACACCAUCACUGCAUGGCAAUCGCAAGGGCCUACCGAAUUCGUCUCAAAUUAUUCAAGAACCUUGUCGAAGCGAUUGGAUUCGACUUACGAUUGUCGGAAGAUCAUGCUCGAGGAAAUCAAAAGCAUGGUCGGAAAGCAUGAAAACUUUUAG